AUGACGUGUGUUGACUGGCUUCAGGGCGCUCGCUGUUGCCGGUUGGACAGACGGGGAUUUCUCUAACCGGAUUGUUGCUGCUAAGAUAAGAUAAGAUAAGAGGAUUGGAAAAACUCUCCGUUUGUUUUUCUUUUUUUUUUUUUUUGUCUUGGUUGCUCACUUGGCUGAUGCCUCGUCAGUGUACCGUCGCUCUUUCACCGCGUCCCUCUGCUGCCACCGAAACCGAAAACCGAGAGCAGGAUGAGCAUCGAUUACAGCUCCUGGGAUCACAUCUACGUGUCCGACGACGAAGACGCCACCAGUCCGUACGUGGACACACCGAGCCUGUUCCGAAUGAGACACCGGGUCCGACUCGAGAAAAUGGCUGAGUUUCAGCAGAGGGGCGAAGAUCUGGAAAAUAACUUUGCAGAAUGUAAAAGGCUGUUAGAGGAGGCCCAGGGACAACUUAAAGAGCUGGAAGAUGGAAGGCAGGAGGGUGAGGAAGAUGAGGAGAGAGAGGCUGAGCUGAAGCAAGUCCAGGGUGGUGAAAAACUGAAGAAGGAUGAAAAGACAUUUGCAAAACUGAUUGAGGAAUACCGACGAGAAGAAAAGAAAGUACCGUGGAAUGUAGACACAAUCAGCAAAGAAGGUUUCAGCAAGAGUGUGCUCAACACCAAACCUGUACCAAAGGAGGAAACACAGGAGGAAAAGGUGGAGAAGCACAAAGCCUUUGUGGAGAAGUAUGCAACGGAAAUCAAACACUUUGGAAUGUUGCGGCGUUGGGACGACAGUCAGAAGUAUCUAUCAGACAACCCACAUCUGGUGUGCGAAGAGACGGCUAAUUGUCUUGUCGUCAUCUGUAUUGACUUUGAAACUGAUGAGAAACAUGCCCUCAUGGAGCAGGUGGCCCACCAAGCCAUCGUUAUGCAGUUCAUCUUGGAUUUGGCUCGGACACUGAAAGUUGACCCAAGAGGCUGUUUCAGACAAUUCUUCUCAAAGAUCAAGACUGCGGAUAAGCCAUACCAGGAUGCAUUCGACCAUGAGCUGGAGUUACUGAAGGAUCGGGUGCGCAGCUGUGCACAGCUUCGUAUGGAGAACGCUAUGAAGGAGCUGGAGGAGGAGGAGAAGCAGAAGAGACUGGGCCCAGGAGGUUUGGACCCUGUAGAAGUCUACCAGUCACUGCCAAAGGAAAUACAGAGGAGCUUUGAUGAGAAGAACAUUCAGAUGCUGCAGGAAGCUAUGAACAAGCUGGACUUUGAGGAAGGAAAAUACCACCUGAAGAGGUGUAUUGACUCUGGACUGUGGGUACCUGAUUCAGGAGAGGGUGAUGAUGAGGAGGGUGAUGAUGAAGAGGAUGAGGAAGAAGAUUGAGAAAAAUGGUUCGCAUGCAAAUCCUCUCAGUUUAAAGCUACUUUGUUCAAGAAAGUAAAACAAAAUGACUACAGAAUAAAGUAUUUGGGCACCA